AUGGCACACAUGAGCAUGGCACACAUGAGCAUGGCACACAUGCGCGACACUAAGUGGCUGACACUGGAGGUGUGUCGGGAGUUCCAGAGAGGCACGUGCUCGCGCUCCGACCAGGAGUGUAAGUUCGCCCACCCGGCCAAGAGCUGCCAGGUGGAGAACGGCCGAGUCAUCGCCUGCUUCGACUCGCUCAAGGGCCGUUGUUCCAGGGAGAAUUGUAAGUACCUCCAUCCUCCUGGUCACCUGAAGACCCAGCUGGAGAUCAACGGUAGGAACAAUCUGAUCCAGCAGAAGAACAUGGCCAUGUUGGCCCAGCAGAUGCAGCUCGCCAACGCCAUGAUGCCUGGCACACAGCUUCAGCCUAUGGUGAAUCUCUAUGACCUGGUCCAAGACAGCAACAGGUUCAGCUUACAUCAACCUAUGUUCCCCAUGGCGCCAGGCCUGGCCACCAAUGCCAGCGCUGCGGCUUUCAACCCGUACCUGGGCCCAGUGUCACCCGGCCUGAUGCAGCCAGAGAUCAUGCCCAGUCCACAGGUCCUCAUGGCAGGCCACCCCAACCACGGACAGGUCCCCAACACUGCUGCCGCUGCCGCACAGAAACUCAUGAGGACAGACAGGCUGGAGGUGUGUCGUGAGUACCAGAGGGGCAACUGCUCCCGGGGGGAGAACGACUGUCGCUUCUCCCACCCCUCAGACAGCACCAUGAUAGACACCAACGACAACACGGUCACCGUGUGUAUGGACUACAUCAAGGGCCGCUGCUCCAGGGAGAAGUGCAAGUACUUCCACCCUCCGGCCCACCUGCAGGCCAAGAUCAAGGCCGCCCAGCACCAGGUCAACCAGGCCACCGCCGCUGCAGCCAUGACUCAGUCGGCUGUCAAAUCACUGAAGCGACCCCUCGACGCAACCUUUGACCUGGGGAUCCCCCACAGUGUCAUGCCUCCCAUGCCCAAGCGGGCAGCCCUGGAGAAGGCUAACGGGUCUUCUGCCAUGUUCAACACUGGCAUGCUCCAGUACCAACAGGCCCUAGCCAACAUGCAGUUUCAGCAGCAGGCUGCCUUCCUCCCCUCAGGCUCAAUAUUCUGCAUGACCCCCACCACCGGUGUUGUACCCAUGAUGCACGGUGGUACGCCAGCAUCUGCAGCCACCACAUCUGCCACAAGCGUUCCCUUCGCAACCACCUCAGCCAAUCAGGACUCUUCCUUAUCAAAGUUGACUACCAAUGAGUACAUGCAAUUGAUUCCAAUCAUUUCUGCCGAUCAUCUGAGUAACCACAAGUAUCUGACUCAAAUGUAGUCAAGAACAAUCAAAUGAAUGGUUGAUGGCACCGUCCAAGCCUAAAGAGUUCAGCCUUUAUGUAAAUAGUGUUCAGAAUGGCAAGCGAUGGACUGGAGGACCAUCGGUCAUCAUCUCUUAGCCACUCUGGAAUGCUGGUCUUGUUACGCAUGCAAACAUCGGUGUGCUCGGUCGAUGCCAUGACACACACACACACACACACACACACACACACACACACACACACACACACACACACACACACA